CGCCCCACAAUGCACCGCGACUCAAGGCAGCCAUAGUGGAUAUCUCUACGGACGAUGGCAGGCUGAGUUUAAUCCGCGAAAUCCGACCUAAUCAUUGUUUGGACGAGUGAUUUAAAUACAUAAUUUGCUCCGACGUGAUUUAACAUUGGUUUUAAAACACGGGAGGAUAGAUUUGCAUCGGGAAUUACCAUCAUGAGCUUCCUUUUGUCAAUUUGAGUAGUUGGAGUUGAUACCUACUUUAUUAUUGUUGAUUUUUGGUAAUGAGUGAGAGCCGUUGCCAUGUCUAGUGACCAAUUUGAUUAUGACGAUGGAAGCCGGUCGAGCAAGACCUUCAAGCCCAAGAAGCACAUCCCGGAGGGCACUCACCAGUAUGACCUAAUGAAACAUGCGGCGGCCACGCUGGGCUCUGGCAACCUGCGUGCAGCCGUCAUGCUGCCCGAGGGGGAGGACCUCAAUGAAUGGGUGGCUGUCAACACCGUUGACUUCUUCAAUCAGAUCAACAUGCUUUACGGAACUAUAACGGAGAUGUGUACUGAGGAGUCGUGUCCGGUCAUGUCUGCAGGUCCGAAGUAUGAGUACCAUUGGGCAGACGGUCAGACUGUCAAAAAGCCCAUCAAGUGUUCAGCCCCCAAAUACAUAGAUUACCUCAUGACAUGGGUACAAGACCAGCUAGACGAUGAAGCUCUUUUCCCCUCUAAGAUAGGUGUUCCAUUUCCAAAGAACUUUCCGAGCAAUGCCAAGACAAUACUGAAACGGCUCUUCAGGGUGUAUGCACACAUCUACCACCAACACUUUAGUGAAGUGGUACAGCUUGGGGAGGAGGCACAUCUUAAUACAUCCUUCAAACACUUCAUAUUCUUUGUCCAGGAGUUCCAGUUGAUAGAACGAAAAGAGCUGGCCCCCCUGCAGGAGCUGAUUGACAAACUAGCAGCCAAGGAUCGAUGAUUUAACCUGUAAAAUCUAUAAAAAAAAGGACUUCCAGGGAAGUGAAUAAGGCGGCAGUAACGAGGGUCUGUAUUCUGCUGCUGUUGUCUUGGAUUGAAGCUGGAUUUGCUCUCUUACAUGGUCAUCUUAUCUAACUGAAGAAGUUAUACAAGGAGUGUAGAGUAUUUCACUACUGUAUUUAUUGAAAGAGCCCCAUCCAUGAUAUUUAACUGUCUGUAACAAAAAAGAGGGAAGGGCUUAGACUGUGUGGGGCAGAUGAGGGUGGUUGUGGGGAGGGGGGAACUUGGAGGUACAAAGGGGUACUAGGGCAAAAUUAUAUGGGAGGAGUAGAUGAAGAAGACUCACCAAACUGGAUUUGGAGUGAGAGUGGCAUUUUAGAUAUAUUUAAGAAUUUCCAGUAAAGUAAGAAUAGGUAGAUUUUUUUUUCCCCUUUUUUCCUUCUUUUUUUAUAGAUAGAAAGGUGAUAGAAUGUAACAGAUCCAGAUCCAGACAGAGAAAAAUUAUGGUAUUUUGUUCAGAAAUGGUAGAAAAGUUAUUCCUGGUUUUAAAAGAAGAGGCAUAUAGUAUGUUGGGGGACGUAAAUAGAUACAAAAGAGAUGCCUUAUGUUUCAUGCUUCAGGUCUGCUUGUUGUACUUAUUAAGGCUAGAAUGUUGUUUGCAAUAGAAAGGUUCUGUUUGUCAUUUUGAGCAAGGACAUGAUGGUCAAAUUAUCUUGAUGAGCCUUUUGAUUUUUUAUUGUAUUUUUUUCCCAAUUUUAAGAGGGAGGGAUUCAGUUAUGUGCUGAAUUGAACCAACAUAAGUUGAUGUAUAUUGUACUGAGAACAGUAGACCACAUUGAAAUGAAGUUCAUUUCAGCUUGAAAAGAGUUUUGAGAUAUUAUUAUUGUGCUUAUUAUUAUGAGGAUUUGAUUAUGAUUUUUUGUUAAUGUGAUUUUGGUGAUGAUGACGAUAAUGAUGAUAAUUAUGGUGACAAUGAUUAAUGCUUUCAUUCGAGAUUGCAAAUAAUCAAACUUUUAUUUACAACAUCUCCAGUAUAUGUAUUCCUAGUAGGUAAGAUUCAUUACAUCCCUUGUGCAAUUUUAUGUAUCUUCUCUUUAUUGAUGGAUUGGCAUUUUGAUAAUUUUACUGUAAUGGAUGAAUUUCAGUGACAGGGAGAUAUUAUUGCAGAUAAAGACUUUUUGAGGAUUGAGAAAAAGUUAGCAUUAGAAUUUUGGAAACUUUCCAAAUUAGAAAUAUGCCACUGAUAAUUUCUUCCGAAGAACUUUUA